GAGCGCAUGCGCGCUGUGCUCGCCCUCGGCGCACGGUUGGGGUUGGCGGCGGCCGGAGACGGCCUCUCGGAGUCGCCCAGGUAGAGGGUGCGGCCUGACGAUGGCUACCGAGGCCACCGCGCAGCCCAGCUGCGGCUGCCGAGGGAUCCGUUCGUGUCUGAGCUGUGAGUGGGCCAAGGGCCCAGUUCUUGUGAUGCCCAAGUGUGAGCAGAGAACGUACCACUUCACUUACCAUCCCAAGUCAGGCUUGGCAGUUGGGGAUGACUCCACGUGUCUGAGUGGCUGGGCUUUUCCAUUUCCUGGCGUAUUUUUAGUAGAAAAUUUUGUGAAUGAAGAGGAAGAAACAGAGUUGGUGAACCUGAUGGAUAACAAUGAGUGGAAACCUUCCCAAUCUGGACGAAGGAAGCAGGACUAUGGCCCAAAGGUGAACUUUAAAAAGCACAAGUUGAAAGUGGGAUGUUUCAGUGGUCUACCAUGCUUCAGCCUCUUGCUUGUGGAUCGAAUGGCACAAUACAAUAUCCUGGAAAACUUCCUUCCUGUGGAACAAUGUAACCUAGAUUACAGACCAGAGCAAGGCUCCGCCAUUGAUCCACACUUUGAUGACUGGUGGCUGUGGGGCAGACGUUUGGUCAGCAUUAAUUUGUUGUCUGAAACUGUGUUAUCAAUGACCUGUGAUUCAGAUGAUUUCCUCCAGCUGCACUUGACUGAAAUGGUACAAAACGCACAGCAAUAUGAUCUCAUAAAUGGUCAUUCAGAAAGCAUUUUUGAUUUCAAUGUUGAUAUUCCAGGUCCCUGCAAAAGUCAAAGAUCUGUACCUUCCAAUGAUGUAGAGGUGGCAAUUCAUUUACCAAGGAGAUCUUUAAUUGUUCUGUAUGGAAAUGCACGAUAUAAAUGGAAACAUGGAAUUUACAGACAAGACAUCAAGUCAAGGCGAAUUUGCAGUACUUUUAGGGAGCUAUCAGAAGAAUUUAUCGAGGGAGGGAAACAAGAGGCACUUGGGAAGGUGCUCUUGGAUAUUGCAUUAAGCUUUAAGGGUGUUCCUGGAUAAUAUUGCUGAAACAUCAAAAAGGAAUGAUUGUGAUUAUAAAACUAGCUCUGGGAUAUGUACAUUAAACCUUGGCUUAAGUUAUUUUAUUCCCUCUCCCUACCAUGCAGCCUGGUUUUAAAUAACUGCUCUAUAUUUUUACAGAUUAAAAGAGUGAGUACAAGAAUCAUGAAUUUUGUUUUCUGUCCCCCUCAACAGCCCCAUUCAGGGUAACUGUUUUCUCUCCGCAGAAUUGUGUAUUGUUAAUCACACUAUUAUUGAGGACACUUAGAAGACAUUACGGUGUUAAAAUUGCAAAUAUGAGGAAAUCUGCUGCUGCUGGAAAUCCAAGCAACACACUCACAAAAUGCUGGUGGAACGCAGCAGGCUAGGCAGCACCUAUAGGAAGAAGCAGUGUUGACGUUUCGGGCCGAGACCCUUUGUUAGGACUAACUGAAAGAAAAGAUAGUAAGAGAUUUGUAAGUAGGAGGGGGAGGGGAAAACUGAAAUGAUAGGAGAAGACAGGAGGGGCUGGGGUGAAGCUAAGAGCUGGAAAGAUGAUUGGCAAAAGGGAUACAGAGCUGGAGAAGGGAAAGGAUCAUGGGAUGGGAGGCCUAGGGAGAAAGAAAGGGGCACCCAUGGACCCCACUGAGGAGCACCAGGCUACUGUCUCCCACACCAUCACCAACUUUUAUCAGCUCUGGGAAUCUCCCAACCACUGCCACCAACCUCAUAAUUCCCACACCCCGCACUUCCCGUUUUUACCUCCUACCCAAGAUCCACAAACCCGCCUGUCCAGGUAGACCCAUUGUCUCAGCUUGCUCACUCUAUUGAGGCUUUUCAACAAAAUUCCAGAAUAUUGCUAGUGUCUUCCACAGUAAAGAUGGAGGCAAAAUACUUACUUAGUUCAUCUGUCAUUUCCCCUAUUACUGCCUGUUACGUACCCCAUAAUGGGUUAAAAAGAACCAGCAGAAAUGGACACACCUGGAGUCUGAGUCUUCCGUUAUAAACUCUAUUUUAUUAGUAACUAAGUGAAUAAAGUAAACAGGUUAGCAAAGGUAUAUGCAUAUAUAUAGGUGAGUACAUCAGGUUCCCAAACUUUGCCAGCUCAGCUGAUUAGGUGAUACAGUCUUACGGUGGUAUAGUAAGUAAUGAGUUCAGUUCUGGAAUUUGAUUUGAGUAGAAUUGGAGAGAGAGAGAUAGCGUGUUGGUUUAUUUUCCAGUGCCAAUCCUCCAUGUCACCCUCCUGUUCCUGAAACUUACAGUCACCAACUUAUGACCACAGAAAAGCGGAAUGCCGAACUUCCACGGUAACGCUAUUAACCCAGGCCAGGGUUGAACACACCGAUAGCGUUCCACUGGUCAUUCCUUUGUCCACACUGUGAGCAAAAUCCCCACCCUUGUCAUGGGCACAAAAAGCUCACCAGUGUCCUCCUUGCCUCUGGAGUCAUGUGUCUUGUGUGAUUAAAAAGUCGACUGACCUUGUAUAUAUUUCAGUAGUGCGGAACAUGCUGUCCAUCAUACAGCUCCACCUUUCAGUUUCCAAGGCAACUCAGAUUUUCUGUCUCGUCCUGUUGAAUUAGCACACAAGCUGUUCACUCACUCCCUCUCUUGUUAAAGGAACAGUCCACUUUAGAAUAAUCCUUCAGAUCUCAUCACACUGCCUCUCCAGCAUCACUCUCCAGUUGUCCAAUAUCUACUCUUCUGUUUUAUUCUUUAUAUAUCUGAAGAAACAUCUAAUGUCCUCUUUAAUAUUAUCGGCUAGCUUACCUUUGUAUUCAUCUUCUUCCUCUUUAUGACAUUUUUAGUUGCCUUCUGAUGGUUUUUAAAAGCUUCCUAAUCCUUAACUUCCUACUAAUGUUUCCUCCCUUUGACUUUUAUGUUGGGUUUGACUUCCUUUGUCAACAACGAUUGAGUCAUCCUGCCUUUAGAGUACUACUUCUUCUUUGGGAUUUAUCUAUCCUGCACCUUCUGAACUGAUCCCAAAAAUUCUGGCCAUUGCUGUUCUGCCAUCAUACCUGCUAGUGUCCCCUUCCAAUCAACUUUGGCCAGCUCCUCUCUCAUGCCUCUGGAAUUCCCUUUACUCCGCUGUAAUACUGAUAUAUCUGACACUAAUUUCUCCCUCUCAAAUUACAGGGUGUAUUCUAUCUUAUUAUGAUUGAGCUGUGUGGCUAAGCACGGCUCAAAUACUAUUUAUAAAUUUGCUGGUGACACAACCAUUGUUGGCAGAAUCAGAGAUGGUAACGUGAGAGUGCACAGGAGCAAGAUAUGCCAGCUAGUUGAGUGGUGCUGCUGCAAAAACAUUGCACUCAGUGUCAGUAAGACCAAAGAACUGAUUGUGGAUUUUGGAAAGGGUAAGACAAGGAAACACAGGAGGAUCCGAAGUGGAGAGAGUGAGCAAUUUCAUGUUCCUGGGUGUCAAUAUCUCGUGAGGGUCCAACCUGGACCCAACAUAUUGAUUCAGCUAUAAAGAAGGCAAGGCAAUGGCUAUAUUUCAUUAGGAGUUUGAAGAAAUUUGUUAUAUCACCAAAAAAGCUCCCGCAUUUCUACAGAUGUACAAUGGAGAGCAUUCUAACUGUCUGCAUCACUGUCUGGUAUGGGGGAGGUGGUGGGGGCUACUGCACAGGAUUGAAGUAAGCUGCAGCUCCUCUAUGAGCAAAUUUUUAGGGAUAUUAAACAUUCUCAGUUUAAAUUUGUCAAAAGUAUACAGAAAUUGGAGUGCAAAGGGGCAAUUGGGCUUGAGAGAUGUUCCCACCCGGUUCAUAAGCCAUGACAGAGUCUUCAGCCAUCGGGUCUUAGACUGCCAUUUUUUUGGGUUAUUAAAGCUAGAUUUUCUCUAUCUGCCCCUCUGCUAUUCUGCUGUAACUAUUUGUAGCUGAGUGGGUACCUUGCUUUGCUAAUCCGAUAUGCUUUCCACAAGUAUGACAAUAUAAAAGGCCAUCUUGCAGGUUAAGGAAAACGUGGUGUUGUGGUUUGGGUCUCAGCAAUGAUGGACAGUCCCAAAGAACUCAUGAUACAAAUGUCCCAAAUCAUUGUGAGAUAUACUCCUAGACCUGGAACUCAACACCUCCCUUUACAACUGGACCGUUGACUCCCUGACAAACAAACAACCACCUCAUUCAAACUUUACCCACUUUCUUCCACCCAAACAGAGACCAAAAUAUUUCCCAGCUUUGUUCCUGGUUAAUUAUCUCCAUAAUAGCUUUUACCCACAUCUUCUGAACAAGUUCAUUGUCAUAAAAAUAUUGUUUCCCCACGAACAUUAACCAACCCAUUUCCAGAUUCAGCAGUGUGUGCAUUUAAUUGUGAUUGACUUUUGAUUAGAACUGGAACUUCCAAUAUUGAAUGAAGCAUGUUAUAUCACCACCCUUCCUGAAUUUAACCUUUUAUAAUUUAACAAUAUUGAUUAUUUAUCAGUGAGUUUGGGAUUUCACUUUAGCUUCUGUCGUUCUACAAACAUAGGAAGUAUUAAGUAUCUUAAUUCUAGAAGUUCGAGAAGUGAGUAGCUAAAUGCAAAAGAGAUUUCACGUUAUUUAUGCGCAUCUUCAAUUUUAAUAUUAUUAAAAACGCUAUCUACCUGCAGUUGCAGACUCUGACCGCAAGGUGCCUCUGCAGGCUGCCUUUUUUUAAAGCUCCUUGUUAAAAUAUUGGUGUAAUGCAAGAUAAUACUUCAACGUUAUCUUUGUUUAUUCCAGUCGAUGUUUCCCGUCUACGACAGUUCUCUAGUUCAUCUUUCCGCUAUUUCAGCACUACAGAUAACUUCUCUUAACUUCACUUGCCCCAUCAUUGAAAUGUUGCCACAACCAAUGGAAUUACUUUCAGCGACUCUUCCUCUCAUGCUCUCUCUCUAUAUAUUAUUUAUUUAUUCAUUAUUUCUUCAUCUUGUAUUUGCACAAGUUGUUAUCUAGUUGAACACCCUAAUUGAGUGGUCUUUCAUAGAUUCUGUUAUGGUUAUUAUUCUAUAGAUUUGUUGAGUAUGCCUACAAGAAAAUUAAUCUCAGGUUUGUGUAUGGUGACAUGCAUGUACUUCAAUAAAAAAUUUAUUUUGAAUUUUUAA